AAAACUUGACCUUCCGCUCUCGAUAUCCCACUCUCCAGUCCGAAACCACAACCCACAGCUUCAGUUCUUUCACGCGCGCGGCCAUGUCCCGCCCACCACCCCUCCCCCACCCAACAACGACCCUCCACCUCUACCGACACCUCCUCCGCGAAUCCUCAUACCUCCCCGUUCUCAUCCGUCCCUUCUUUGACGAGCGCAUCACCACGCGCUUUCGGGCCCACCGCGCCUCCGACCCGUCCUCCUGUCCCCAAACCGCCACCCGUCUCAAGCGCGCCCACCACGAUCUGCGCUACCUACGCGCCGCCAACGCCGGUGACCUCCCGCGCAUGCGGCGCAUACUGCUGCUCGCAUUCGGUCGAACGGGCGCCAAACGCCGCCAACUUCUUACAGAACUAUUAGAGCCCGACACCCCGAGCAGCGACGAGGAACUACAAAAAUACAUCAACAAGGCGCGGGCCAUCGUGAAAGAGGGCAGGAAACCGGACUGGUUGGAUAAUUGGGACACGGAAAAGCUCAAGGCGUUUGUACGGAGUCAAACGGGAGGCGAUGCGCCGCCGAUUGUCAACCGCCCCAAGCCUGAGAUUACAAAUCACCAGUUGGCGCCGGAACGUUAUGUGCCCAAGGAAAAUAUUUGGGGCGGGCCACUGAAUGAAAAGGUGAGGAGGACAAAGUUGAAGAAGACGUAUAAGCAGGUGGCGGAGAAGGUGCUUCCGCCGGUGCCGAGGGAGGAGUGGGAACUGCUGAGGGAUCUGGUGAAUAAGAAGGAGGAGUGGGAGGUGCCCAAGAGGAGGACGGUUGGGAGGUUGAUUUGGGCGAAGAGCGACGACAAGUCAAAAGAAGGGGCGGCCCUGGAUUGGAAUUGGCAGAGGUAUGCGACACAACCAAUUUGGUUGGUGGAUCGGCAGAAGAGUAGGAGAAAUAUGCUGCUAAGUGGGCAGGUCGAUGAGGAUUUGCCGAUGGGGGAGCAGCAGCCCAUCAAUUGCCAUCGGUAUACUCCGAGACUAUGGAGGAGGACGUUGGAACAGGUGUGGCGGAUGACGGCAGUUAUGGAAAGGAAAAAGGAUGGAAAAGGGUGGGAGAUAGAAUGGGGACAGAAGAAGUAUGAACCUCCGGUGGCACCAUCGGCGGAUCUCGAGUUCUUCGAGGGCGCACCAGUAAGAGCGGAGCCUAAGAAGAAGAAGGGGAAGCAGUAA